AUGGCAUCAGAGGUGCUCUAUAAAGUGGGAGAUGGGGAAGAGACCAUGCUGAAAAAGGAAACCCUCAAUGUUUCGAGUGUGCUUGAUCAAGAGUCGAAGCCCUUUCCAAACCCCAAGUCUAUGAACAGGACGGUUGCUACCAAAGGACUCCCACUUUCUUCAAGAGGCAGCUUGGUUAACUUCUUGGAGGAAGAUACCAUCAAUCUACUGAAGCCAAUGCCAGGAGAGGAUUCUGAAUGUAGCUCAGAUGAUACCAGCAUCUCUCCCAUCUCAUCCACCUUGUUGAAUCCCAUCAAAUUGGCAGUGACCCAGCCCAACAGCAGCUUCUUUGCAGGGAUGCUGGAAGGCGAGCUGAACAAACUCAGCAUCUCCUCCAUGGCCAAGAAUACAGAAAAGGGGGCGCUGGCCCUCAGCCCCCACCGAUCUAAGUCUGAAACGGCCACUAGAGGUCUGCUGGACCUUGACAACCCUGAGCUGGACAAGGACACUUCCUCAACACCCUCGGAGUCCUCUGUGGUCAUGAACAUACCAGAAGCACCUUUCAUCUGUGAACACACAGUCAGCGAUUCCACAGCCGUGAUUUCCUGGACCUAUGCCUUGGGCAAGCAGCAGGUCAGUUUUUACCAGGUCCUGUUGCAGGAUGUAACCAAGAAAAAUUUCAGUGAGCAUCCCAAGGCAAAGAAUCGCCCGUGGAUCUUCAACAAGAUCUUGGGCACCACCGUCAAGCUGAUGGAACUGAAGCCUAACAGGAGUUAUUGCCUCACCGUCCGUGCAGCCAACACAGCUGGGGUGGGGAAGUGGUCCAAGCCCUACAAAUUUGCAACUGUGGCCACUGACCUGAACAGCUUCCCUGAGAACAACCCCAUCCAGAUCACCGUGCAGCGCAAGGAACUCCAGCGGAGGACAGUGACCAUCGGGCUGGAGGACAUGCGGAGGAUGGAAGAUCUAGAAAACUUAUUUCCCUACUAAGGGGGAGGGCCCCAGGAAGCCCCUCACCUACCUUCGACUUUGGCCCAGGGCGCUCACAACCAGAACCCUGAAAUGUACCACCUGCACCAUGCCAGGGAACCGAUGACCACCCUGCCAGCCCAGGCCCUGGCGGCAGUAGUACUGAACUCCACCCCUGGGUCAGGGCCCAGGCUAGAUAGGAGCUCCAUUUGCCUGGAGACACCACAGGCCAGGUUAGCCACUGCCCACAGCUGCUAGGCAACCCCCUCCCCAGAUCUGGGCUAG